AUGUCAACAUUUGUCACGGUGGAGGGGGUCCCCAACGUUCGAGAUAUCGGAGGCUAUGCAUGCAAUCCUCCGGUUGCAGUCACUUCCGACGCGGCUCCAGAUCCCAAGGAUGAGACCGAGGCACCCUGGUCCAUUCGGACUGGUCUUCUCUUCCGCGCGGCGCAACCAUCCCAAAUCACCGCCGUCGGGGUGAAGACGCUGACGGAGACCCUCGCCAUCCGUGCGAUUUUUGACUUUCGCUCGGCGAGUGAGAUCGACCUCGUGGCCAAGCGGUACCCCAGCGCCCUGCUGGAGAUUCCAGGAACAGCCCGCUUCGCGGUCCCGGUCUUCCAAGAAGGUGACUAUUCCCCGGUCUCGCUCGCCAAAAAGUAUGGCGUCACCGGGGAACAGUCGGAGUCGAACUCGGCGCCGGACCAGGUCGAGACCUUUAGGCCGGGCUUUGUCAAGGCUUACGAAGCUAUUGCCCGCAGCGCGGCUCAAACAGGCAGUUUCCGGGCCAUCAUGCGGCAUCUCCUGCACCACCCCGCAGAGGCGAUCCUGUUUCACUGCACCGUGGGCAAGGAUCGCACCGGGGUCUUUUCUGCACUGAUCCUCAGGCUCUGCGGGGUUGCGGAUGAGGAUAUUGCUGCGGAUUAUGCACUGACGACCCAUGGCCUGGGGGCGUGGCGGGAACACCUUAUCGCUCGACUACUGCAGCGAGGUGAGGCUGCGACCAGGGAACAAGCCGAAGCCGUGAUCAGCAGCGAUCCCAGAGAUAUGAGAGCCUUUCUGAGAGAGGUGAUCGACGCCGAGUUUGGGGGCGCCAGAAAAUAUUUUGUGGAUUUCUGUGGGAUUUCGGAAGAUGAAAUCGAUCAAAUUAUUCGCCGGCUUGUUGUACGACAAGCGAUCUCCAAAGGUAUCUAG